AUGGCUUCCCAAGCGAGCAAUCACCCACUUAAACAUGUCUCCCCACACAUAUUGUCGCUGCUUUCCAGACUACACAAUAAUUCCGCCGCACAGGAAGCCUACAUGACUUGGGAUGACUUCGAACCCGAAAGCGUCGAUCAGAAAAUGCGAGACAAGUUCGUUGCCAUCGAACAGGAUAAAGCCUUCUUUCUCUACCAAAUGGGCCUUGCAACUGGCGCUAAGACUAUAGUCGAGGCUGGCACAUCUUACGGGGUGAGCACCAUCUAUCUCGCCCUCGCCGUUGCAUCCAAUGUCGAAGUUACGGGUGGCCCAGGAAGAGUCAUCGCAACGGAGCAUGAGCCCGAGAAAGCCAAGAAGGCUCGAGAGCAUUGGAAUGCGUGCGGUAGCUCUGUCAGCGAAAUCAUCGAGCUGCGAGAGGGUGAUAUCAGAGAGACUUUGAAACACGACUUGGGAACGGUAGACAUGCUACUGUUGGAUAUUUGGGGCCCGAUGCUGCUUCCAGCCUUGAAAUUGGUCCAGCCGGCACUGAGACCGGGUGCUGUCAUCAUUACGGACAACACGAUUAGUGCUGCAGAACAUUGCAAAGAACUCCUUGACUACAUGCGUGCGCCUGGAAGUGAUUUUCGGAAUCUUACACUCCCGUUCAACAAUGGACUCGAGAUGAGCGUAUAUCAGCCGCAAGGGUAA